AUAUCUGACCUUCAUACUGGCUGCAAAGUUCGAAUUAUUUGCGCCGUCAUGACUUCAACGAUCGAAAGACCGAUAUGGGAUGAUGUGGAUGAAGCUAUGGUGGAUGAAGUUAUGCGCAUGUCAACAGAAGAGCUUACAAGUAGAGCAAGACUGCUUGAUUCCGAAAUUCGUUUUAUGCAAUCUGAGUUAAAACACGUCAAUCAUGAAAUAAACACAAAGCAAACAAAAGUUAAGGACAGUAAAAGCAAAAUAAAAAUGAACAAGGCACUCCCCUACUUAGUAGCAACCGUCGUUGAAUUGCUAGAUGUAGAGCCUCAGGAAGAUGAGAUAGAGGAGGGAGCAAACGUUGAUCUUGAUUCUCAGCGUAAGGGAAAAUGUGCAGUUAUCAAAACAAGUACUAGACAAACAUACUUCCUGCCGGUUAUUGGUCUUGUACCUCCCGAAGAUUUAAAACCUGGCGACUUAGUUGGAGUACAUAAAGACUCAUACUUGAUCCUUGAAAAACUUCCGCCGGAAUUCGACUCCCGAGUUAAGGCUAUGGAAGUUGAUGAGCGUCCAACCGAGAGAUAUAGUGACAUUGGUGGACUUGAUAAACAGAUACAGGAGUUAAUUGAAGCCGUUGUUCUCCCUAUGACGCAUCGUGAUCGUUUCGAGGCACUUGGCAUUCAGCCACCAAAGGGAGUCUUAUUGUAUGGUCCACCAGGUACAGGAAAAACACUGCUGGCCCGUGCAUGUGCAGCUCAGACCAAAUCCACGUUUCUUAAACUUGCUGGUCCUCAGUUAGUGCAAAUGUUUAUCGGAGACGGAGCUAAACUGGUCAGAGAUGCCUUCCAAUUAGCUAAAGAAAAAGCUCCAGCAAUUAUUUUCAUCGAUGAACUCGACGCUAUCGGAACAAAGCGUUUCAAUAGUGAAAAAGCUGGAGAUCGUGAGGUACAGCGAACAAUGUUGGAACUUCUCAAUCAACUGGAUGGUUUUCAACCAAACCAUGACAUCAAGGUGAUUGCGGCUACAAAUAGAGUAGAUAUAUUAGACCCAGCGCUGUUACGAAGUGGUAGAGUUGAUCGGAAAAUCGAAUUUCCUGCACCAAACGAAGAAGCACGUGCCCGCAUUAUGCAGAUUCACUCUCGCAAGAUGAAUGUACAAAAAGAUGUAAAUUUUGAGGAGCUAGCUCGCUGUACAGAUGACUUUAAUGGAGCUCAGUGCAAAGCUGUAUGUGUGGAAGCGUCUACUUUAGUUGUUUAGUUUCCAUUACAAAUUUAAACUGAUUAAAGAAUCCUAACAGUCCUCCAAUUUCAUUAUUCAAAAGCUUGCUGAGAAAAUUGUUCUUAUGGUUUGAUUCAUUUUUAGUUGUGCUCUUUGUUUUAGAAAGCUAGUAAUAUGAAAGCUGCUAUGUGUGCGUUGCAUUCAGCCCAGAGUGUGGUUUGUGCAGUGUCGAACAAAUCUAAGUUUAUUUGCGGGUCUCUUGUUGAGACGUUAAACAACAUAAAGUCGUAGAUUAGACCAGGAUAACAAACUUCGGUGAAACUAACCCAAGUCAAAGUCUCUCGAAUAAACUAGUCGGAGGAAUUGGGGUAUGAUUGCGUUGCGUCGAAGUGCGUCAGAAGUAACACAUGAAGAUUACAUGGAUGCCAUUUUGGAAGUUCAAGCUAAGAAACGCACUAAUCUAAAUUACUAUGCCUAACUACCAUUAGAUUAUUGAAAGUGUGCUUUUUUAUAUUAAAAUCACAGAUGGUUUUAAAGUAUACUGACUCUUGUACGGUCAUCACAGUUCUUUGUGUUACGAGCAGCUGUUCGUGAUCCUCCGUUAUUUGUUAAAAUAUACCUUGUAUUUAUUUUACUUCAGGACGAUGCUGUGUUCUAUUUAUUAACCUGGUGGAUGCUGUUCAGUUGUUUUCCUUUGUUUUAUCAUUACUGUUAGUAUGAUAACUAAUUUGUUUUUCGCUUUAUGAUGUCAACGCCAUUAUCUUGUCUUUACGUAUUCUUAGGAUAGUAAUUUUAACUUGUUUUGAGCUUUGGCAUCAUGUUUUUUAUCGAACCGGAGGCUCGUACGCGUUCUAACUGCUUCGUUAGCCUAAUAAUAUAACUAAUUGUUACCCAGUGAUGUAUCGAGAUAAGGUUCUCAAUGACACCCUAGAUCAAACAGUUAAAUGUGAC